AAAAGCACAGUUAUAUUACUCGUAAAGCACUUUAAACAUCACCAAUACGUUUUGUUAUAUAAAUUAAGUUUAAAUAAUAUGAAUCAAAAUCCGUCCGUCUUCUGUCUGCUGAAAGGAACUCGUGCUUCGUCCAAACGGUCUUUUUUUUAUUAAAUAACACCAUUGAUGAUAAACUGUCAUUGCUACAGAAGAAGAAGACUCGGCACGUUACAAUAGUUUAGUUAUUUAAGACGCUUUAGUGAACUUUCCGCACUCUGGUGUUGACCUUUGACCCCUGUGAAGUCAGUUACAUGGUUUGAUUUGAGUAAAUCUCGUGCUGCCGGUGUUAAGUUCCCUGUUCUUCGCUGGUGUUGGUGUGUGUUGCUGCUUUGCAGUGUCUGCCUGAAGGUGCUGCCUUCAUGAGGAAGCGGGAGGGGGACUCCCUCCCUCCUCCCCCCCCGAGCUGCAUGAGGAAGGCUGAGUCUGUCUUCUGACUCCACUCCCCCACAGAGUGUGUCGCGGCUCGGUUGGGUUGUUGCUGAAGGAAAAAGGCAUGGCGUUAAACAGGCGGGAUGUCCUCCUCCUCCUCCUCCUCCUCCUCGUGGGACAGAUUGCGACUGCAGCAGCUCUCUCUGGAGACAAUAAAACAGGCCAAACUCUUGACUGUGUCAACGACAUGGACGAAUGGAUAUUUUGCCGCUUUGAGGCGCAAAACUGCGUCGAAUAUAAUGUGACUGUCCGAAUGCACGGAUUUGGCCUGUCCCACAGGGUGAAGGACUGCAUUUUGAAGCAGUUCGACGCUGGACGGUGUUGCUGCUCUGUCCAAGAAAUCUUUGUUAUAGGGGAGACUUUUACGGCAACAGUGUGGAAAGGAGACAUAAGCGUGGAGUCCAAAAUCAUCAACGUCAGAGACAGCUUAAAACCCAAAACCCCAACAAUCAUCUCAGUGGAGGAAUCCAACGGCAAUUUUCAAGUCAUCUGGAACCAAAACACGAAGAGCCGUGUAAUCAGUAACGAGCUGACUGCUUAUGUGACUUACCAGAAAAAAGGAGACACGGGACAGGGAUUCAAAUCCGACAGAACAGUUAAGGGACUGAAUUACUAUGAAAUACCUGGCCGACACUUGAAGCCAAGUACGACAUAUGUGGUCAGCGUGAAAAGCCACAUGAAUUGGAGCGGCCUCUUCAGUGACAGUAGUGAAGAGUGGGAAUUCACGACCCCUGUGUCCCCUACUGUCCUGCUCUUGGCUAUCAUCAUCAGCCUCAGUAUAGCUGCAGUCAUCAUCAGCGGAGCUUUGUAUGGCUGUUAUGUAAAGUUCAAAACAAAGUGGAGGGACACUGUUGCCAAAUGUCCAAAUCCAAAACUUCUUAUUAUGCAUCCAAGCAAGCAAGAGGUCUUGAAGCCUGUGCCACCCGUCAUCUCCUCUAUCUGUGUUGAGCUCCUUGUUCCAGGUGACAGCAAACCAUGGUCGGAGGAGUCACUGAGAGACACUAGCAGUGAAAUCAGCACUACCUCCUCUAACACAGAACCUGCUCACAUCGUAGCCGGUGUCCAGGAUGCCCUUGAUAAAGCCUUCGCCAAUAUCAGCCUGAUACCACUGUUGACCACCAAUCCACUCGGAGAAUUAAAAAAAGACACUGGUCUAUUCACCGCUCCCUACAACCCUUGUGGUGGCUUUGACAAUAAAACCUAUUUCGCCCCCAUUCCCAGCUGCCCACAUGAGAUUAUGACCGAUGGCUCUGAGGUUCAGACGGAGGCUGAAAUGCUUUGUGACUCUGCACACGAUCCUAGUGAGGGUGACAUUGCAACCUGUGCUGACCAACAGGUACCAGCUUGUCUGCUUGUUACCUUACCACCAGUGGCUUCAUCUCUUAUGACAACAGACAUGUCAUAUCAGCAGUGCAAUGCAGAUUCUGGGAGAUUUUCUUCUGCAGAAGACUCCAGUUUGUCCUCCAUCUCUAGAGGCACCGACACAACUGCAUCAUGCGACCCUGUGUCCAGAGUUAAGGGCUUUGAUGAGGUGGUCAGUGGUGCCACAAAGCUAAAUGGAAAAACUGAAGAGGCCGCCAUAUGUGGUGAAAAUCCCUGCCACGGCCGUGUGCCUGCAGGCUCGCACAGCUUUCCUCCAGUGGAUGACGACUAUCAGGCAUUUCAAAAUCUAGUGGAGCAGCCCGAUAUUUAGUUUGAGAGAAGUGUUGAGAAAGAGAAACAUUUGAGCAAAUAUCCAGAUGAAUCAUUCACCGUGAUGCCUCGUCCAGGGUGGCCAGCGUCUCUCUGAGCUCCAAAGAAAUGUUCUCUCGUUGCUCGCUGCUGACCAGUCCAUGCCAGUCAUCACUGACAGCGGCUAUCAAAGUGUGUAUCCAUGAAUUUUCAUGCAUUCUUGAAUUGUGAACAAGUCCCUGAUCUUUCAAUCGUACCAUAUGAUCUCUAUCAGCAGGUGGAGUUUGCCCUGUUGUCAUGGAAAUGUAUAAUUUAUGGGAUCAUGGAAUUUCAGAUGUUUUUCCUACAUUUCCAUGACAACAUCUGCCAAUGAAGAUUUGAGUUUACAUUGUUUUCUGUUUGCUUUAGUGAUUCAAAUAAAUCACAUCUUUGCACCUUAAGAACAGUCAAUCUCUUGAACUGUGCGUGACUGAAACAUCCAUAAAGUUUGUACAUAAAAACAUUCAUGUAAAAUUUCGGUCAGGAACAGAAUGCACUUGUUUUGAGACAAAGUUUGAAAUGUGUGCUUGCUACAAAUGCUUUAACAAAACAGCCACAGUCAGCUGAUGUAGCUCACUUUUCAUAUUCGACUGAGGUCAUUUGUCACAUUUAAAUCGACAUAGCUCAUGGGAAAUAUUUUCCUUAAAUGUUGUAUAGAGCUAAGAGGAACACUGAAGUCAUGUCUAACCAUUCAGCCUGUAGUAUUAGUAAGACUUCAGUGGAAUAUGAGUCAACAGAACAGCUCUGUCUGAGCUUGUUCUGUCUUGGUCUGUCAUCGCAAGGAAAUAGCUCGUGUACCCAAUUUUGGUGCCAACACAGAGCCUUUUAAGGGCAGAAAUUGACUAAAUGCUGCAUCUGAAACAAGCCACAACAUCAUCUGUCAUGCUGAGCUGGUGCUGUUCGGGGUUGGGAAAUCAUUUCCUCAUAGCGCUUCUGUGGAACUGCUGAGCCACUUUCACAGAAACACACUUCACUGUCACACAGUGGGUGAUCAACCAUAAUAAACCUACACUCAAAUUAAAACAAUGGAGUAAGUCUCUUCAUCAGUGAACACACUGAGCAGGUUGGAUUUGUUGUAACAUAACUUUAUUCAUAAAUCAUGUAGAGACAUGCUGAGAGAACCAGUUCAAAGUGCUGAUGUGGUACAACAUUAAAGAAAUGUUAACUGUCAAUUAUGAAAUUUUCAGUGAGUUACAGACUUUCGAUGAAAAAUACACAAAAACCAGUUUGGAUAAAAUCACUUUAUAUGUAAACAGACUAUCACAGUUUAUUUCCUACAUUUUUCAGCUGUAUUUGUAUAUAUAAACAGUCAAACAAUAUUUUUUACAACACUGAACUGUUCUAUAAUAAUAUGUUGAGUGUUUAUCACUAAAGAUUUGUAUACAUUUU